AUGAACACCACAAUUAAUGGUAUUGAAGUAAGUGAAGCCAAGUUUUGUUUUAUUAAAAUUCCACAGUAGAAAUACAGUAGAACCAGGCUAACUUCAAGUUAGCUGGGGUUCGACUUUUACAGGGUCGGUCUUGGAUUUCGUUUAUUAUGUUAAUAAGGUAUAGUCGUUUUAUUAUUCAUCAUAUUUGUGAGCCGUUAUGGUGGACUCUGUAAAGAACUUACAAAGUUCGUGCAAUCGUUGCCUAAGUUAACAGUCCCUGCAUCAUACCUACCACUGAUCUGAAAUAAGAAGUGGAUAGCGCAUAUACUGUGCAUAAGUGAAGCCAAUGGCGGCCAUAUUGGAUGCGCCCACCAUUAAUCUAAUCUGGUGUUGUGGACAUGUUUAACUCUUCCCUUAUGUUUCUAGUCACUAGUGGGAAAGGACAAAUAUUGCCUAGAUAAGAAUUUAUCAUCAGUAGCCUCUCUUUUUUCCUAAAUAUGCCGGUGAAUGGGUCAUCAAAGAUGCCGCCAUCAGCCUCAUUAUGUGGUGUAUAAAACGUUCUAAAAGGUUUGCCGAUCCGCGCCAAUGAAAAAUGAAAUUUGUUCGUGUUAGCAAGGAGUUUGAGUUUAAGUGAUUUCGAGUUAACCAAAGUAAAUUACUUAUAAAAAUUGGGUCAAAUCCCGUGGUCGGUUGUUUGAAAGCCGAUCACCUUAACCCUAGGUGAACCUAAAAUUCAAAGCAAAUUUCCUAACAGGGUUGUUUAUAAAUUUGGAAAUAUUUCUUCAGAAAUAUUGUCUGGAACAGUAGGAGUUUUCUUCUCUGAAGUUUGGAAAUAAACAGACGUGCAGAGAUACAUAUAACUAAAACGGCAGGUUAAAUUUCAACCGAGGAUCCAGCUUUGAAUAACCAGCCGCAGGGGAAACUGGAUUUAGUUCGAGUUGAGCGAGUUCAAGUUAGCGAGUUUCUUACUGUAUUCCUAAUGGUAUCGCAUACAACUUUAUAUAACAAUGUAUGUAUCUGUAUUUUCUAGGAGGCAGAUGCUGUUGUGAUUAUCGGAACAAAUCCAAGAUACGAAGCGCCUCUUAUUAACAGCCGAAUACGAAAAGCGUAUGUAAAUAUAUUCUAUCCAUAUAUUUUGCGCGUCUCCAAAUUUGCCUGGCCUUUUUUUUUUCAUUGAAAAUGUCUACUUUGUGUUCAAAGUGUGUACUGAUUUGAAAGACCGUUUCAAAUUAUGUAUUAAAUUUGGGCGCAGAUUUUUCAUUUUAAACUUAACUAUUGGAAUGUUUUGACUAAAAGCAAUGACUUUCUGCCAUCUUGGAUUAAUUCUUAACUUCAUUAACUAUGGUUUUGAUGACGUCAAGUGUGGGAAUAGCCUUGUAACAUCUCCAAGUGACCGAGUAAAGAUCAAAAGUUGUUUAAAAUGCUUCUAUAUUCAAUUCGCAAUAUGAAAUAGUACGAGUUUUUGGCUGAUACUACUAUUUUUCGAAUCGCUAUGGUAAUCGUGUAUAAAGAUUGGAGAAUUAUUGCAACAACGAUUGAGUACCAUAAUUGUUCCUUUCCUCUCUCGCAACCUUUACACAUAUCUGAUGUUUUUAUACUUCUUUCUCUUAGAUGGUUGCAUAAUGAUUUACAAGUGGGUGUACUCGGACCUCAACUAGAUCUUACAUAUACAUACGAGGUAAAGAAACGUUUUGAGUUUGAAUUAUAG